AUGGACGCCCUAGAGGAUCAAUUCCGAUACCGUCUUGCCAUCAAAUUCCUCUUGCCGGACCUUAUUCCACGACAACGAAUAGCGCUAGUUCAUUGCCCAUACGAAAUUCUUACAUAUGAAGCCAUUAGAUGCCUUGGUUUCGAUUUGGUGGUUCUCGACAGACCUGGCCAUUUUCUGGAAAGCCCCAAAAGCCCAUUUGCAUACCUGCGUGAAUCCUUCUACGCAAUCGAUCUUAAUGUUGAUGACGGACUAUCGCAACGCAUCGUCGAGAUAGCCAAAGACCUGAAUCUGGAUGGAAUUUUCACUCGUUAUGACUUUUAUUCAACGCACGUUUCCAGGGCAGCCGAGUUAUUAGGGCUUCCCACAAGUCCUCAUUCAGCAUACUCGAUUGCAACAAACAAAUACGCGACACGAAUGUUGGAAGCCAAAGAAAAUGGAAUUAUCUGUGUAAACAAUGGCGAUGAGUUGGAGAAGAGGCUCCGAGAUCCCAAGGAACCCUUGAGAAUCCAGUACCCCGUCGUUGUCAAGCCAUGCACCGGCUGGAGCAGCCUCAACGUAGUCAAGGCGCGAGAUGAAGAAGAGCUCGUAGCUGCAGUGCGCAAGGCUCAUUCACGAAUUUUGGGGCAUGAAGGCGACACGCCAAUUCAAUCCCGUGUCUUGAUUGAACCAUAUAUCGAUGGGCCCGAAGUUGACGUUAAUUUUGUCCUUUGGGAAGGCGAGAUUCUAUUUUCUGAUAUCUCGGACGACUUCCCUAGCCUGGGCGAUAUGGAUGAUAAAACAGGUUCAACCGAUUUCCAGGAAACGACCUUUGUAUACCCCUCAAAGCUUCCUACGCUUGAGAAAGAUAUGUUGUAUAAGCGUUUAAAGGAUUGUGUUGCCCGAAUGGGCUUCCAAACUGGAAUUGUCCAUUGUGAAGCCAGGAUGAAAAAUUCUGCUAUGGACUAUUUCGAACGAGACGGCAUUACUGACCUUGAUACGAAUUCCAAGACUGAAGGCCUUGACCCGAGUGUCUUUAUGAUCGAAGUCAAUCCUCGGCCUCCUGGGUACUUUGCCGUCCAUGGGAUUACGUGGACAUACGGGGUGGAUUAUUAUGCACUCCACGUCCUUCGUUGUGUGAUGGACGAGCACCGGUUCAAGGCUCUUGCUGUGCCAUUCUCCAGCGAGGUCAAACACUCGAUUGCGGUUCUCAAUCUCAUGCCCGAGAAAGGGGGUAUUCUCAAAUCCCCUGACCCAGCCGUUAGACUUUGCAAGAACAAGCCAGCUCUUAGAAACAGCAUUUCUCUUUAUCGCAAUUACUUUAAGCCUGGUGAAUAUGUGACUCCUCCAGAUGCGGUCGAGACAAGUCUCCUUGCAGUCGUGGUCAUCGAGUCCAAGGUUGGAAGACAAGAUCUCCUUAGAAAAGUAGAGGAGAUCCGUGAGGAAUGGGUCCCAGUGAUCGAUUAA